UUCCCGGCGUUUGGGUGUCUGUGGAAGAGCGAGUAGGCCGCAUGUGAUGUGAGCUACAGUGUGCUCGUUUGCAUUGUCAGCUGCAAUCAAAUACAUCCCUUGGAUUUAACACACAAACACCGUUUUCAUUCCUUGUGAGAGAAAAAGUGUUAGCAGAAAAAUGCCAAAGAAAUCAAAAGAUGUGGCUGAAUGGGAAGGAGAUGACGGUCCACAAACAGAUAAACAUGUCAAGAAAGGAAAAAAGGAUAAGAAGGGCAAGAAGAGUUCUUUGGACUCACAUCACACAGAAAGAGUCAAAACUUUUACUCUCAGCAUGCAGUGAAAAUAUCUCGGUGCUGAACUUCUUCACCACUACACCACUCAAACACUGUUUUUUGAGGAGCUGGUGUCAGAUAAUAAACCAGAGAAAGAAGAGCCACCAUUGAAAGAGACACAAGGCAAACAGCCUCAGAAGAAAAAGAAAGACCGAAGGAAAGGGAAAGCAGGAGACGACGACGACGAUGAAGAGGUUAUGCAGCGUCUCAAGAAACUGUCAGUUCAGCCCAGUGAUGAAGAGGAGGAGGAGGAAGAGGUUGUUGCUCCAGUCAAAGGAGUGAAAAAAGGUGGCAACAUAUUUGCUGCUCUAAGUCAGAGUGGUGAUGAAAAUGAAGAGGAUGCAGGUGGAGACGAUGAGGAUGAUAAACCCCAAAAUAAGAAGGGUUCUAAGGAAGUUGAGAAGGUAACCAAGGGCAAGAAAAAAGAUAAGGCUAAACCUAAAAUAACAAAGGAGGCCUCUGAGGAUGAACAAGAUGAAAGGAUGGAGAAGAAAGAUGAGAAUGAAAAGAAAGAAGUGAAAAAAUGCAUAGGGAACGGUGCUGCUAAAGCAUCCAAGGAGGAAGAUGAAAUGGAUGAAAAAGAACAAGAGAAAUCUCAGAAGAAAGGCAAGAAGGAGCCGCCCAAGAAAGCGAAGCCUGCUCGCCCUCCUCCUAGUGAUGAUGAGGAAGAGGAGGAGAAGAGUGAUGACAAUGACACAAUGAUGUGUGCAGAGGAUGCGCUCACGGCUGAGCAGGCAAAUGAAAAACAAGAGGAGGAUCCCUUCGCUAACUUGAGUAAAAAAGAGAAGAAGAAGAAAAAGAAAAUGAUGGAGUAUGAGCGUCAGGUGGCCAGUGUGCGUGCACAGAACGCUAUAGAGGGAGACUUCUCCGUCUCACAGGCUGAAAUGUCCUCACGCCAGGCCAUGCUGGAAAACGCCUCAGACAUUAAGUUGGAAAGAUUCAGCAUUUCAGCUCAUGGUAAAGAGCUGUUUAUUAAUGCAGACCUUCUGAUAGUCGCUGGGAGACGGUAUGGUCUGGUUGGUCCAAACGGGAAAGGAAAAACUACUCUACUGAAGCACAUUAAUAACAGAGCUCUUAGCAUUCCUCCAAAUAUUGACGUGCUGCUUUGUGAACAAGAGGUGGUGGCUGAUGACACACCUGCAGUCCAGGCGGUGCUGAAAGCUGACACGCGCAGACUGAAGCUCCUGGAGGAGGAAAAACAGCUGCAGAGUCGACUGGAAAAAGGAGACGACAGUGUGUCUGAGAAACUUGAGAAGGUUUAUGAGGAGUUGAGGGCCAUCGGAGCAGCGGCAGCAGAGGCUAAAGCUCGUAGGAUCUUGGCUGGUCUGUCUUUCACUCCAGAGAUGCAAAACAGGCCCACCAAGAAGUUCUCUGGUGGAUGGAGGAUGAGAGUGUCACUGGCCAGAGCACUGUUUAUGGAGCCCACUCUGCUGAUGCUGGACGAGCCCACAAACCACCUGGACUUGAAUGCCGUAAUCUGGCUUAACAACUACCUACAGAGUUGGAAGAAAACGCUUCUAAUUGUGUCCCAUGACCAGAGUUUCUUAGAUGAUGUCUGUACAGAUAUCAUUCACCUGGACAACCAGAAACUCUAUUAUUACAGGGGCAACUACUUGACGUUUAAGAAGAUGUACGGUCAGAAACAGAAAGAACUCCUCAAGCAGUAUGAGAAACAAGAGAAAAAGCUCAAAGACCUAAAGGCUGGAGGAAAGUCUACCAAACAAGCUGAGAAACAGACGAAAGAGGCUCUGACAAGGAAACAGCAGAAGGGCAAGAAGAAGGGUCAAGAGGAGGAGAGCCAUGAGGCCACAGAGCUCCUCAGGAGGCCGAGAGAAUACACCGUCAAAUUCACCUUCCCUAACCCGCCCCCACUCUCGCCGCCAAUUCUCGGCCUGCAUAGUGUUGACUUUGGCUAUGAAGGCCAGAAGCCCCUGUUCAAGAAUGUGGACUUUGGAAUUGACAUGGAGUCUAGAAUAUGUAUAGUUGGACCCAAUGGAGUUGGGAAGAGUACUGUCCUUUUACUUUUGACUGGGAAAUUGAUUCCUAAAAAAGGAGAGAUGAGAAAGAACCACCGAUUGAAAGUAGGUUUCUUCAACCAGCAGUAUGCGGAUCAGUUAAACAUGGAGGAGUCUCCCACAGAGUACCUCCAGAGGAAUUUUAACCUUCCCUACCAGGAUGCCAGGAAAUGCUUGGGUCGCUUUGGCUUAGAGAGCCACGCACACACCAUCCAGAUCUGCAAACUCUCUGGUGGUCAAAAAGCAAGAGUGGUAUUUGCAGAACUUGCCUGUCGGCAACCUGAUGUCCUCAUCCUUGAUGAGCCCACUAACAACUUGGACAUUGAGUCAAUUGAUGCUCUCUCAGAAGCCAUCAAUGAAUACAAAGGGGCUGUAAUAAUUGUGAGCCAUGAUGCCAGGCUGAUCACUGAGACCCAGUGCCAACUGUGGGUGGUGGAAGACCAGACAAUCAACCACAUUGAUGGAGACUUUGAAGAUUACAAGAGAGAAGUGCUGGAGGCUCUUGGAGAAACUCUGGUCAACAAGCCUAAAGAAUGAACAACAGCUGGUAUUGAUAGCAAGGAUGUCAAACUUCAGGUUUUUGCACCGCUUUUUGCUGCAACUACAUUGCUAAAUCUCAAGCCCUCAAUUGGAAAAUACAUAUUGAAAGAUCAUGCCGAGUAUCUGCAUGCAAACUGUCUAGGGUGGUAUGUAGAAACCCUAGAGUAACAGUGUUGGUAUACAAUGGUUUUUUUGGGAUAUUUUUACUCGCUGGCAAUUUAUACAUAAAGCGCUUGUUCUUUAGUCAUGACAGUCUGACAUUCUUGUAUUGAUCUUUAUAUUUGAGCCAUAUCAUUACCAGCUCUUUUCAUCUGUGUGAUGUAAUGCUAUAAAUUAUACUAUGUAAUGAAUCACCACAAUAGGACUUGCCAAAUGUGAACAGAGCUAUGAGAGGAUAUGCCUUCUAAAUUUCUGAUGCUUACAUUUUAGUAUUAAACUGCCAUUGCAGAAUGAGCACUUUGGUUCAGAUCAUUAAAUCAUGAUGUCAUUGAACCAGCAGUUUUUUAGACCGAGAAGUCACCCUCUGUCUUGAAUUUUGACACAAAUACAUAACUGUUGACUAACUUGAAUUGAAUUUAAAGUUUGCAUUCAAAUGUUGUCGUGUAAAAGCAAAUAAAAUGAUUUUUGCAACAAA